CCUCAACACCCCCCCGAAGACAACAGGUUGAGUUUCCUGCUGGCACAAUGCAUGCUUUGCACAAGUUUCUGCUUUUUCAUCUCCUGAUGUGUCUUGGACUUCAGUCACUUGGGAGUGAUAUCAUAAAUGGUGAAAAGGUGAAAGAGAAGUCGAUGCUGUACAUGGCCUCGGUGCAAAACAAAACAGGUCAUCACGUGUGCGGAGGAUUCCUCAUCGAUGAAAACUUUGUGCUCACUGCUGCGCACUGUGAUAACAUGAAUCCUAUGAGUGUUGUUCUUGGCACCCACAAUCUCAAGAAGGUUGAUGACUCAAUGAGAUACAGUGUGACAAGGUGCAAGCAUCCAUCCUAUGUCAGUGUCUCAAAGGGGGAUGACAUCAUGCUACUCAAACUGUCUAAGAAAGCUCAACUGAACAAACAAGUAAAACCGGUACCACUCAUGCAGGCUAAGAUACAAAUUAAAGAAAAUGCAAUGUGCCACGUGGCUGGGUGGGGUUUCACAAAAACACGUGGGGAAGUUGUUGAUAUGCUGCGAGAAGUGGAUGUGCCUAUCGUUAACCUGGAGGAAUGUAAGAAAGCAUGGGCUUCACUUAAGAAUAGAGUAAAUCUCCCUGCAAAUGUUAUCUGUGCUGGUGGAAAUCGCAAAAAAAAAGGAUUCUGUCAGGGUGAUUCUGGUGGUCCUCUGGUGUGCAACAUGAAGGCUGUUGGUGUCGUGUCUUUCAACAUGUAUAGGGACUGUGACUAUCCAAAUGUUCCCAAUGUCUAUACAAAUAUAUCAAAAUACCUUCCCUGGAUCAAAAAGAUUCUCAAGCGAAAGAAAUCACAUGGAAGUGAAAUCAUACAUGGGAAAAAAGCCCCGGAGCAUUCGAUGCUGUAUAUGGUCUCGGUGCAGAACUCCGACAAACAUCACGUGUGCGGAGGAUUCCUUAUCAGUGAAAACUUCGUGCUCACUGCUGCGCAUUGUGAUGACCCGAAUCCAAGUGUGGUUAUUGGCACUCACAAUCUCAAAAAGGCUGAUGACUCAAAGAGGUACAGUGUAACCAAAUUCAAGCAUCCGUCUUAUGACAAUGUCGGAAAUGGGAACGACAUCAUGCUCUUCAAACUGUCUAGUAACGUUGGACUGAACAACAGAGUACAAACAAUACCACUUCCCACACAAGAAGGAAACACAAAAGAAAACGAAGAGUGCAGUGUAGCUGGAUGGGGUUACACUGAACCUGGUGAAACUGAGCGGAGAAUGGCUGAUGAGCUGAGAGUGGUGAAUGUGUCCAUCAUUAAGCCCUCCGUCUGUCAGGAGGCGUGGAAUGGUCUUCCUGCCAACGUUAUCUGUGCAGAACUUGGGAGUGCAAUCAUAGGUGGGGAAAAUGCCCCAGAUGGGUCAAUGCUGUACAUGGCCUCAGUGCAGAACCGUAAAGAGCGGCAUUUAUGUGGAGGAUUCCUUGUUUGUAAGGACUUGGUGGUCACUGCUGCGCACUGUGAAGUGACAGAUGAAACAAAAGUUGUUCUUGGCAACCACGAUCUCAGAAAGGUUGAGAAAACAAUUAAAUACAUUGAAAAGAUCAUCAAACACCCAUCCUAUAACAGUGACACAAACGAGAAUGACAUCAUGUUCCUCAAACUGGAUGGGAAUGAUAACAGGUUCAACAAAGGACAUCCAAUUCAACUUUCAACGUCUGAAAUGAACAUCAUGGAAAAAUGCAGUGUUGCAGGAUGGGGUUUGACUGAAAAUAAUACUAAAGUUGACGAGCUGAAGGUGGUGGAUGUGUCCAUCAUCGACUGUGGCGUCGUUAAGAGGGAAUGGUCAGAUCUUCCUGCCAAUGUUAUCUGUGCGGAGAAACGAUUACGUAAGGGUGAUUUCGGUGGUCCCCUGGUGUGCAACGGGAUUGCAGUUGGUGUCGCAACUUUCUGCAAAAAGGCCAUGGAAACCAGCUACAUUUUACUGCUGUUCUUUGUCCUAAAUGGUGCUGAUGGUUCUCGUAUUGUCGGCGGCAGGGAUUCUGUCCCCCAAUCGCGCCCCUACAUGGCCUCGCUGAAGGUUCAAGGAUGCCACAACUGUGGGGGAGCCCUGGUGAGGCAGGACUUUGUGCUCACAGCAGCACAUUGUAAGAUACCCACACCAUACACAGUAGUACUUGGAGCUGAUUCCCUGACAGCUAAUGAGCCUACAAAGCAGGAGUUCACUGCAAUCAGAUCCUUUCCACAUCCCAACUAUGAUGGACAUGCAAAUGAUAUCAUGCUCCUGAAGCUUAACGGUAGUGCCCAACUGACUGAAGCAGUGCAGCUGAUUUCUCUGAAAACAAGCAGGCUGAAUACAUCUAGUCAGUGCAUUACAGCUGGCUGGGGAUCUAUUGCUGACAAUGGCACCUCACCAAUCCGGCUUCAGGAAGUCAACGUAACCACCCUGCCACAGAAAACAUGUCGCAGGAGAUGGAAAAUGGUUCCUAUCACCAGUAGCAUGGUUUGUGGCGUCGGGGCCCGCCGCUUUCAAGGCUUCUGCUCGGGGGAUUCAGGUGGUCCGUUGGUGUGUGAUGGAGCUGCUGCAGGCAUAGUCUCCUUCUCUGGCCGGCUAUGUGGAAACCCCAGGACCCCUGAUGUCUACACACGCAUAUCAUCCUUUAGGGAAUGGAUUACAACAGUGUUGAACAACAAUUAG